AUGAUCACAAAGCAGUUCUUUUUGGAUCCAGAAGCGGAGAUGGUGUCGUCUGAAAUAGUUGAUGCGGCUGCUGCAAAGAUGCGAGUGGGAAUGACUAAGGUCAAGACAGCGUAUCGUGAAGCCAAAUACGAGAUCUCGUACUCCUAUAUUCGGCCCCAAGAAUUGGUUGGGAUCCGAAGAUCUAUGGACUCGCUCACCAAGCAUCUAAAUAUUCUCGGAAGUUGUCUCAAAAGCGAACGCCAGUUAUUCGAAACUGCGUUAGAGAAUCUGGAUCAAGGAGUGACCGAGAGCGAAAGUGAAGACGAAUACUGGACUAUCCAUUCGAUGCCCACACAGCAGGGCAAAGGGGACAGUAGCAAACGAAGAAGUCGAUGUGAUUUAGAGGCAACUUUGCGUAAAGCAGCCACAUUUGCUGCCAACGAUUAUGCACAGUCUGGCAGAUACCACAGUCCAAAGUCUUCGCGCCAGAACUCUAGAGCAAACUCGAGACGGACGUCGAUUGACGAAGACUACACUGAACAGAACCAAAGAUCCGUCAAUUCGAUGCGUUCAUUCAUGUCUUCUGCCAAGAUCGCCUCACCAAAGGGACAGCUCCCGAGAAAGACAAAAAAGAAAGACAAAUCAAACCGACAUGUAUUGGUCUCUUACCUCGAGAGCCUCAGAGACCCUUUGAUGUUGCUGUCUGUAGAAUGUGCUGAGGUCCUGGACUGUAUCUCGGACAGUAUUGCGAUCGAAUUGGAUAUGGAAGACGACAGUGACAAAUCUAUUCGGGAAACCUGGUAUUCAUACUUGCGUCAUGUCUUCAAAAUCAGAAGUCAGGAACAGAUCAUAGCCAAUACAAAAGCCAGUCAACGGAGACACGCAUCAGAACCUUGUAAUUGUGCACAAUCACUGCAUGAAGCCAUCGGCGAAUUUGACAAGGCCGAGAGACAACGGAUGGACAUGCUUUAUGGAUACUACAAAAAGCAGCUUGAUGGGCCUGACAUGCCACUCGGUGUACGAGAAGAACUGUCCCUGGUAUUUUUCUUUAUUUUUACCUUGAGAGAAGCGGCAAACAAGUUAGAGUACAUGGCUCUGGAAAUGGAUGUUUUGCGAAAGAAUUCACAGGAAAGAAUGCGAAAUGGAAAAAAGCGGAAACAUCUUUACAUGCCACAACUGAACCAAAAAUGGUGGCACAAGUGGGCAAGUUGGAGUAAUCAUCAGAGUACACGCGAUAAAGGAGGAGAAGCAUUUGGUAACCUAACAUAUCAUAUGCCAAAGAGUCAAAAGAAAGUAGACGCAGAAGACGAAUAUCGUCUCACAAAGAUCCAGACUCACACCAGCUUUAAGCGUACGGUCUUGCGGAGGGAAUCAGUCUUGAUCAAGAUUGGGUCUCACAACAGCAGCAAUAAGUCUGCAAUCACAGAAUCACCGACCACACUACGAAAACGCUUCUUCAGGAACCCUCACCCUUCAAUAUCCACCGAUCGAGAGUCGGAAAGGACAGAUAUAGAUGAACCGGAAUCCAAAGGUCUGGAACACGAUGUUGAAGCAAACGAAAAAGAAAAUGCGGAUGAAAAACCACCAUUUGGAUUACGUGUUCGUUACAGAGUGUGGCGAACAGUCCAAUACAUGGAGAGAUACGAAUUCAAGUUUGGGCUCAAGAUGGCAUUAGCAGUGUCUUUGCUGUGUGUUCCUGCUUUUGUUCCUGCGUCAACUGGUUGGUAUUUGGCCUUGAGAGGACAAUGGGCGGCGAUGACGGUUAUUGCUAUCAUGAAUCCAACAAGCGGAGGCACGUUACAAGCUGGCGCGUGGAGAGUUGUAGGAACAGUGACUGGUGCUAUGGUGGGGUGGGCAGCACUAGAAGCUGGAGGAACAAGUCCAUACUUGUUGGCAUUUUUUGCUGUAAUAUUAGCUAUACCCUUUUUUUAUAUCCAUUUGGCCAGUGGGUACAACAAGGUUGGAGUUGUUGUGCUUAUAUCAUACACGGUUGUGGCUCUUAGUCGAUAUUCUAACCCGAAUCCAAAUGAAACUAUUGCGGAAACUGUGUGGAAAAGAAUUACUACUAUGGUUGUUGGUAUUUUGGUCGCCUUGUGUCUAAACUGGAUGGUUUGGCCAUUUAUUGCCCGCCACGCCACAAGAAAGUCCAUCGCUGCCGUGAUCAGCGAACUUGGUGACUACUACAGCUACCUGAUGGGCACGUUUUUCUACCAUGAUCCAAUGUUUCCACCAACAGAAGAUGACAUUAAAUUUGGUCAAAAGAUGGAAAGAAACAUCCAAUCUUCUAUAGAUUCCUGCUCUACACUUUUGGAACUCACAGACCAUGAGCCGAGAUUCAAAGGUCCAUUCCCAAAAGAGUUUUACCAAGAGAUGAUCAUAUCGACUAGAAAUUUGUUGGAUCGCAUGAUGAGUAUCCGAGUAGCACUUGAGAAAAUGCCGCAGUCUGUUAAAAGAGAUCUUUGCUCUAAAGAGUAUUAUACCUACAGGCGAGAUUUGAUGUCUUCUAUGAUAUUGCAUUUCUACACUCUUUCAUCCUCGUUAAGAUCAAAAAUCCCGUUACCAGUCUAUAUGCCUUUUACACGAAGUUCCCGAGCAAAACUCAACCGGAAGGAACAAGAGGGACACACUGGCGAGCGAUGGGUUAAAUUGAGUAACCUAACUUGGUUUGCUACAGCCUGUGCAACUGAGGAAAGCAUCGAGGAACUUGAAUACCUAAGUAAUCUAAUCAAGUUCAUCGUUGGGGAAAACAAGUAUGCGGAUAGAGCAAGAAGAAUUGAUUCGCUUAUGGGAGAGGACUCUCUUGCAACCUAG